GAACUUGUCAGACAUUAAUUAUAAAUAGAAUAGAAAAUUAAAAAGUGAGAAUUGAGAAGUUUUAUAGGUUUUUAUUGCUGCUAUUGUUCAGCCUAACUAAAUUUUAAAUAAUUUGAAAAACAUUGUAAAGGGAAUAUAGAACUUGGUGCAGCAUGCGGCUAAUGAAAUGUUGCUGCUGCAUAUCGUUGCAAUUCGGGACUUUGAUGUUCGGCUGCUUAUUUGGCCUGGUCGAUUUUUACCUAGGAAGCCUUGGCGUCUAUUACGUGUCUAUUGAUGAGAUGCCAAAAAAAAUAACUGUCUUUUUUGAUAAGAUGGACGCACGGCUAUGCGUGUUCUGGUUCGCGGUAAUAUAUUACAUAAUAGCAUUCAGUGACCUAUUGCUGAUUGCUGGAGCAAUGGCGAAAAACCCGACCUGCUUGGGACCCUGGCUUAUAGUAAAUUUUAUAGUUCUAAUUUGUACUAUAGCUACGGUUUUACUGAGUGUCCUUGCGGUUGUAAGAGUUGGAAUACUCUUGUAUGCCAUAUUAGUGGUGAACUCUUUUUAUGACGAGCUUACAGCCGGAUUAUUCAUUUAAUUAAGUACUGCAAUUAUGAGUGAACAAAUUAAAGUUUACGUGUAAUUUGAAUUGAAAUGAUGGGAUCCUCGCGAGACAAGAAUGGGGGACGAAAACAGAGGAGGAGAAGGGUCUGUGUGGGGAAACCGAUUUCAAGCCGAUGACAAAAUGCUGCUGCGCUUUUAUAAACAGGAUUAAGCGAUAAUGAAACUGCACUUUUUUAAAAUGCCGUCAAAAGCUGCGCUUAAGACUCAUUAAAAAUCCAUUAAACUCGAUAAUAAAGAACAGCGCAAGAGGCGAGAAAAACAGACAA